CAAACGCACACAUUUGUUGCAUAACAUAUUUAGACAUCGCUUCCAAAGAAAGAAAUCAUUUAUCUCUACAUUAUUUCUUCCUCUCAUUGCCCCUCUCUUCUCAACGUUUUGUCUCUUAUAUCUUUACGUUUCAUACUUUUUUUUUGUUGACAUUUAAUUAUUUAAAUUUUUUGUUCCUAUGGACACUAGAUAGGACAACAAAAGAUAUAAAGAAAAUCUACACCACACAUAUCAUGAGGUUCUGGAACAAGUUUCUGCGGUAAGAGAAACCAAAAACAUGAAGGGCAGAAAAAAAAAGAACAAACCAUCUUCAACACAGAGCCAUGGCUUAUGCAACUUCUACCUAUGCACGAACCUCAUGCAUUAUCCUACCCAAAAUCCAAAACGGCGCGCAUUUCACGGAUGACACGAAAGCAUUUAGAAGGAUAACAGCAAGAAGAGUGACGCGUAUAUACGCGUCACAAGGCCCGACUAAACCGUCAAAACCAUCUCCAGGAGUAGACACAAGAAUCCACUGGGAAAGCCCGGACGAAGGCUGGAUCGGAGGAAGAUCCGACCCGGCCAAAUCGGUUGAUGAGGACAAAACCAAUCUCCUUAGUGACGAAAAAUUUGCAGAACUAAUCAAAGACUCUUUUGAUUCUCAUUACCAAUUCUUAGGUGUUUCAACGGAUGCUGAUCUAGAAGAGAUAAAAUCUGCGUACCGGAGAUUAUCUAAAGAGUAUCAUCCAGAUACAACUUCACUACCACUUAAAACAGCUUCAGAAAAGUUCAUGAAAUUAAGAGAAGUGUACAAUGUUUUGAGCGAUGAAGAGACUCGGAGGUUUUAUGACUGGACACUGGCUCAAGAAGUUGCGAGUCGUCAAGCUGAGAAAAUGAGAAUGAAGCUAGAGGAUCCGAAAGAGCAAGAUUUUAGGGGCUAUGAAUCAAUACCUGAUAUGGUUGACCGGUUAGGUGGAAGAAACAUGGAGCUUAGUGAUCAAGCAAUGACUGCUCUCACGUUCGAUAUUUUGAUCGUAUUAUUCGCUGUUUGUUGUAUAGCUUUUGUGAUUGUUUUCAAAGAUCCUUCUUACUAGGUAAGGAGCUUUGUAUAUACUUGGAAAAUUCAUAUAGUUUAUAUGUAGAUGGAAGAUUAACAAUUACAGAUUAUAAGAUCAUUUGAACUAAAAUAAAGUGGUCUAGUGGUUCUGUUCCUCACCUUUUUUGUGUGUGUGUUAUUUUUGGAUUUUUUCUAAGCUAUCCAAACAUUGUUUUAGAGCUAUAUUUUGUUAUGCUUACCUAGC